UAAGCGUGAUCAGCAGUGCUCACUCUCUUGUUGGAUUUCUUCAGCAGAUCAGUCACACAGACUCCUAAGAUCUGUAGCUAUUUGUUUCUCACCUGAGAUCCAUCCACAGCGGACAUGGCCACUUCAGUAGGUGCACAGGUUCAGGGCGGCCCGGCCCCGGCUUCCCCUCUACAGAGAGGAAUAGUCAAAAUGAUUCUAUCUGGAUGCGCCAUCAUUGUGAGAGGUCAACCUCGAGGCGGCCCUCCUCCGGAGCGGCAGAUCAACCUUAGCAACGUGCGUGCUGGUGCCCUUGCCCGUCGAGCCAUCCAGAACCAACCUGAUACCAAGGACACACCAGACGAGCCUUGGGCUUUUCAAGCUCGGGAAUUCCUACGGAAAAAGAUGAUUGGAAAAGAGGUGUGCUUUACAGUGUUCAAAGCCCCACAAGGAAGGGAGUAUGGCACAGUGUACCUGGGUAAAGACACAUCAGGAGAGAAUGUUGCUGAAUUGCUGGUUGCUGAGGGCCUGGCCACAGUCCGCAGAGAGAGCAUCAGAGGCACAAAUCCUGAGCAGGCCAGACUGUGUGAUUUGGAAGACCAGGCAAAGGCUUCUAAAAAAGGCAUGUGGUCUGAAGGUGGGAGUUCGCACACAAUCCGUGACAUGAAGUAUAGCAUCGAGAACCCCCGCAACUUUGUGGACUCCUUGCACCAAAAACCAGUUAAUGCCAUUAUCGAGCAUGUUCGAGACGGCAACAUCGUGCGAGCUCUGCUGCUGCCUGAUUACUACCUGGUGACAGUGAUGCUGUCUGGAGUCAAGUGCCCAACAUUUAAAAGAGAAGCUGAUGGCACAGAAACACCAGAGCCAUUUGCAGCUGAGGCCAAAUUCUUCACAGAGUCUCGACUGCUCCAGAGAGAUGUGCAGAUCACCCUGGAGUCCUGCCAUAAUCAGAUCAUCCUGGGUACCAUCCUCCAUCCGAAUGGGAACAUCACAGAGCUCUUGCUGAAAGAAGGCUUUGCACGCUGUGUGGACUGGUCCAUGGCUGUGUACACCCAGGGGGCAGAUAAACUGCGGGCGGCAGAACGCUCAGCUAAAGAGCGGAAAGUCAGGAUUUGGAAAGACUACGUUGCUCCUACUGCAAACCUGGACCUAAAGGACAGACAGUUUGUGGCAAAGGUGAUGCAAGUCGUGAAUGCAGAUGCCAUUGUUGUGAAGCUCAACUCGGGCGAGUACAAAACCAUCCACCUGUCUAGCAUUCGACCUCCGAGGAUCGAGGGCGAGGAGAAGGAGAAGAACAAGGAUAAACGCUUCCGUCCGCUGUAUGACAUCCCCUACAUGUUUGAAGCAAGAGAAUUCCUGAGAAAAAAGCUGAUAGGAAAGAAGGUCAACGUCACCGUCGAUUACAUCAGAGCUGCCACUGCCGGCACAGAAACAGGGCCACUACCUGCCUUCCCAGAAAGGACCUGCGCCACAGUCACCAUCGGAGGAAUAAAUACUGCUGAGGCUCUGGUCAGUAAAGGUCUGGCUACAGUUAUCAGAUAUCGUCAAGAUGAUGAUCAGAGGUCCUCUCACUACGAUGAACUGCUGGCUGCAGAAGCACGGGCUAUCAAGAAUGGAAAAGGACUUCACAGCAAGAAGGAGGUGCCCAUUCACAGAGUGGCUGACAUCUCAGGGGACACCCAGAAAGCCAAACAGUUCCUGCCGUUCCUGCAGAGAGCCGGCCGCUCGGAGGCCGUGGUCGAGUAUGUGUUCAGCGGUUCCAGACUCAAGCUCUACAUGCCCAAAGAGACAUGCCUCAUCACUUUCCUGCUUGCCGGUAUCGAAUGCCCACGUGGCUCCCGGAACCAGCCAGGUGCAAUGCCUGAGCCAUUCAGCGAGGAGGCCACACUCUUUACCAAGGAGCUGGUUCUGCAAAGAGAGGUGGAGGUCGAGGUGGAAAGCAUGGAUAAGGCAGGCAACUUCAUCGGCUGGCUGCACAUUGAGGGGGUAAAUCUGUCUGUGGCACUGGUGGAAAGCUCGCUUUCAAAGGUUCACUUCACAGCUGAGCGCAGCGCCUAUUUCAAAACUUUGCAGUCUGCCGAAGAGGUGGCCAGACAGCGGAAAGACAAGCUCUGGGCCAAUUAUGAAGAGAAGCCAACAGAGGAGGUAGAUCAGCUGUCUGAAGAAAAGGAGCGUGUGGCCAACUACAAACCCGUCUACGUAACUGAGAUCACAGAUGGCCUGCACUUCUACGCACAGGAUGUAGAGACUGGUGCUCAGCUCGAGAACCUGAUGGAGACCAUGCGGGCGGAGAUCGCAGCUCAGCCACCUGUGGAGGGAGCCUUUUCUCCACACAGAGGAGACCACUGCAUUGCCAAGUUUUCUGAUGGAGAGUGGUACAGAGCUCGAGUAGAAAAGGUUGAAUCCCCAGCGAAGGUGCACGUGUUCUACAUAGACUAUGGCAAUAGAGAGAUUGUGUCCUCAGUGCGACUAGCAUCUCUUCCUCCUGCCUUCGGAACCCGUGCUUUGCCUGCUCAGGCUACCGAGUACGCUUUUGCCUACAUCCAGGUGCCACAAGACGAGGAUGCACGGGCUGAUGUGGUAGACUGCGUGGUGAGGGACAUCCAGAACACACAGUGUCUCCUGAACGUGGAAUACGGUGGGGCUUCCUGCUCUCACGUCACCCUUCAGUUUGCUGACUCCAAAGACGACGUCGGCCUCGGCCUGGUCAAAGAGGGCUUGGUUAUGGUGGAGGUGCGCAAGGACAAACACCUGCAGAAAAUGGUGACUGAGUAUCUAAAUGGCCAGGAGUCUGCUAAGAGUGCCAGGCUCAACAUUUGGCGUUAUGGAGACUUCCGUGCUGACGAUGCAGAUGAGUUCGGGUACAGGCGCUAAGUCCUGCCAUUCCAGUGACUACAUGGAAGAUGCUUUUGCAAGGAGAAACAGAAAAUCAUGUCAACAAAAUAUUAUACCGUCUUAUUUUUUGGUAACUUGGAAGCAUUCAUCUCGGUUUAAUUCACACUCCGUGCAUUUUCCCGUUUUUGUUCUGUUUAAGAGAGUGGGCUACAGGUGAUGCUUAUAAAAGGACCAAUGUAGCAUAAUGUUUUAGCCAGUCUUUAUUUCUACAUUCAUUUCCCCAUAGGAUUUAAACACACACACACACGUUCGUAUAUACAUAGAUACAUACAUGCUCGCUCAUGCUUAUUUUAUUGUACUGCUCAGAGGGAGGGGUUUACACAGAGGCAUAAUGAACUCUAUAAGCUUCCUUAUAAGUACAUGCAUCAAUUAUGAGACACAAAGUUCUAGAUUUCAGUGUAGAUGGAUAAUGUUAGAUAAGCACACUCAGUGUGAAACUAAUGAGUGUAUUUUUAAUGUAUGAAUGAUUUUUGUGUAAGGAUUGUGUAUUUUCUCUUUGUGGCAAAAUAAAAGCUGCCAACGCCUUGACAAGCAUUCAUUCUGCUCCUCUGGAAUGUUUACACAUUGCAGUCAUUACUUUACAUCCUCCCUGUGUCUCUCUUUCUCCUAUCAGACCAGCAGCUAAAGUGUUUGAAGUUAUUUCUUUCAACAGCGACCUGUAUUGUAUUUAAAUCUGCUAAAUAAAAUGUGCAACAUUUCA